AUGGCCUCGCGCGUGAUCCCAACCGUCCUAGACCCCCUCAAUGCAUCCGCGCUCAACAAGCUCCCCCAGACGGCUCCCCCCUCCAAAAAGCGCAAGUUUGGAUACGACACUGCUGCUGGACAGCUACCUACGAAUUCAAUAGUGAUCAGAGCUCGUGCCGCCUCACUUUCAGAUGAACCACUCGUCCUUAAUCCCAUUACCACAAUACCACGCUCCAAACUACCGUUAUCCUGGCUCGAAGACGCGUCAUGGGCUCAUUCCGACGCGCAACCGGGCGGUUUGUUCGUCGCCGAUAUACCUACACUCGAACAUGACCUUUCUACCUGUCUAGAGCCUACUGUCUUCACUGUACGGCUCCUCUCCGAUGGAUCACUAUAUGUUAUUGAGCGGGUGAAGCGGGGUAUCUAUUCAUUGACCCGGCUGGCACGGUGGGUGCACGAGGGCGAUAUUAUGGUUGCAGUAAAAGGAUGGCAAGGAUCUUCAAGAAUGAAUGUGGAAAGCGACGAGACGGCGUUUCCUCCACCGGAUGCUUUGAAUUGGUGGCAGACGGCACAGAUUGAGGAACCACAGUCUGACCUAGGCCUUGGAGAUGACUUCGCCGGGUUGCAGGUUGCAGUUGUGUUUGAGGAGGCCGAGGAGGCCGUGCCGGAUGUGGGGAGUGUUGCACCUUCUUUUGUCGAUGUACUUGAAUACCGGGGUCCAUCUGUUCCGCCUGCCUCGAAAGAAGGCAAUACCGAUGUGGAAGUUCCAUAUAGAUUGUCGGAGUCUCAGGGCGUCAGUACUCUAGACGGUAUGGAUCUUGAUAUUGGUGUAGAUGCCAACUGUGUGGAUGCGAAGCAGUCACCUGAGGAACUACUGGAUGGCAUGCGAGAUCAUUAUCUACAGGCUCUUUACAUCUCGAAGACAUCUUUGGCGUACUUUGCCAAGGGGCCGUUGACUCGUUGCCGUACUGCUUUCCAAUCAGCCGACUGUGGAAAACCAGAGUCACCAGCUGGUUUGGUUGAGUUCUAUCGCGAGGCUAUCUUGGCAGCCAAGAAGAUGGAUCUCAAAUACCGCGAAGCACUCCCAGCCAUUGUUCGAGAUGCCUUACUCGCUUUGUCUGACGGAGAAGGUGGAACUGGUACUAAGAAACGUAAAAGCAAAAAGAAGAAGCUUGGUAGGAAUGGUUUAUAUCCUGAGGAGGAUAGCUUCAUUCACAAAUGGUGGAAAGAUCGAGCAAUGGUGGAGCCUACUGGACAGGAGAGUUCCCGGGAGGCUGAGAGUAAGAAACACAUAUCUGACCUUCGACUACGUGAGACACAACUACAAAUCCUGUUGAUUCUUGAAGUGAUUGCGUUGGAAUCGACAGGCACCGAUGGGAGCAAGGACACGGAAAACAGCCAGAAAGUCGGAGACGACAAGGAACCGACAACCAAGCAGAAGGCCAAAAAAGCACAAGACAUGAAUGUGCUGCUUGAACUGCAUCUGGAUCGACUAUGUAUCUGGCACGCUGUCAGCCACGAGGAGACAUCAGCAGCCGAGACAGCAAAGACAUCGUCCUUUCGCGAGGGUCACAUGUCCGGGAAGAAGGUCGAGAGUGAUGCUGUUCGCGACUUCUGUACCGAAGUCAUCAUUCCGUUCUAUGCUGCACGCCUGCCAGACAAGUGCAAGCUAAUCACUCGCAAAUUCGGGGUGUCUGGUGGUAUCUCACCAACAAGCAAGAAAUCCAACAAAAGAGAUCGCCCUGAGCCAGGAGCUGAAGUCAAACGUCAACCACCACCACCACAAAAGUCUCGACGAUCAUUGCAUCGUGUGCUGACCGAUGAAAAAGCGGCUGCGGCGUCUCUAAAUCGACACCCAUCUUUGCAUCGGUCUAAUACUGCACCGACUAAACAUGAAAUUACGCGUGACUCUAUGGAACCUCUUCUUCCCACGGUACUAUCUGGGAACGUGCGAGGCGGAAUCCAAGUCAAACGCGUUGAAAAUCGUGAAGUUGAUCUCCAUGCAGUUGCACGACAACAUGAGAGUAAAUUGCGUAAGGUCCAAAUGCUGGUUGAUCAGAAGAAAGAACUCGACGCUGCGAUUCUUGCUUUGCGGAAACCUAACCGAGAGUUGGUUGCCAAGGACAUCGCAGAAGACGCUACCAAACGAGUUUCCACUGGGGGAGGUAGCUCACGGAAGCCAAAGAAUCCCGUUCGCAAUCCUCAUGGACAAGGUGUCCAAGUCAUGGCAACUCCACGCGGUAAUCGUAAGAGGGACACAGUUGUUGGACUCCCUCCGCUACCACGGAGUCUCAAGCCGUCAAAGUCAUUUGCCGGAGAAAUGGAUGACCAUUCGCUGGCUGAAUCCCCAGUCAUGAUUCCUUCCUCAGGCCGACGGGCCAUAUCGUUUUCUGGGCCUGAUUCAGAUCCAUUCAAAUCUCGUCACAUUGCAAGUCAAAGCGAGAGCAGGCGGCGACAACCCCCCUCGACAGAGCUUGGAGCGAUUCACGAAACACCCACUCGGCCUCCUACGAACAGACUUUUGUUUGAUCUGGGUCCCAAAGAUGACAGUACUGGUCUGGGACCAACUUCAUCUUCCAGUAAAGGAGGUCUAUUCCGAGUCCCUUUGCUCCCCGAGUCCCGCAACACAACAACGAAGUCAUUAAGUCAACCCAUGGCGCCCUCAACCCCCGUCUCUUCUCGGCGUAAGGACGCCGUCACAUCUACCCCCGAUGCAAACCCCUUUGGCAAGACUGCUUCUUCAAUGAUCAUGGAAACACCACCAAAAGUUCAUGGCAUGCAACCUGCACCUGAUACUCACACCAUCCCUGCGUCUCCCGCUUUGCCGACCAUGGUAACUAGUCAACCUCGUGCACAAUCCCCACCGGUUAUGAUCAGCACACCUGUAAAAUCUUCUAUUGUCCCGGUGACUCCAGAAAAGUCGCAAUCGAAGUCGAUUUAUGAACAUCUAGGCUGGGACGAUGACGAAGACAUUGACAUGCUUUAG